AUGGUUCUUAUCGGAGGUGUGAAGUACGCUUGUGAGCGUUGUAUAAGGGGUCAUAGAGUCACUACUUGUAACCAUACAGAUCAACCAUUAAUGAUGAUUAAACCAAAAGGUCGUCCUUCAUCUCAAUGUAAACAUUGUAAAGAAUUAAGAAAAAAUAAAAAUUCACAUCCUUCAGGUUCAUGUACUUGUGGUAAGAAAAAGAAUGGGUCUAUAUCAUCCUCAACUUCAUCUGGUGCUAUUCAUAAAUGUUCAUGUAAAACUGGUGAACCUUGUCAAUGUCAUGGUAGACGGAAAAAAAUUGAUUCAAAAUUAUCACAAUCAAAAUCUCCUUCUGAAGAUGUUUCUUCAUCAAACUUAUCAUUAACUAAUGGUUCAAAUGAUUCAAAUCAUUCAUUAAAUCCAUCAAACUCAUCAACAUUUAAUUGGAGAAAUAAUUCUUAUUCAUCAACUUCACAAACUCCACAACAACAACAAAAUGUUCGUGUUAGACAAAUUGGUAUGGACCCAUUAACAAAUGCUAAACCAGUUUCAGAUCAAACAAGAACAAGAGUUGGUGAAGUUUCUGUUCCAAUAAAUGAAUAUAUACCAAAUAAUUCAAAUGGUAUUGGUAAUGUUAAUGAUAAAAUGCCUGAUGUUUUUUUCCAAGAUGUUCCGUUGCCUUUUGAACCUGGUCAUGGGUUAUUAGAUUUAUUUGCAAAUAGUAACAAUGCAACUUCAAUAAACCCAUAUUUCCAUGAUGAUCCAAGAAAUGAUUUACCAACAAGACAUAAUCAACAACAAUAUAAUAAUUCUAAUAAUAAUAAAAUAAGAUCACCAUCUGAAGCUUCAAAUAAUGGUUUUAAUAAUCAAAAUUUCCAAAGAACAGAUUCUGCAAUGUCUUUAUCAAGUAUGGGAUCAAAUUCAAAUUUAAAUUCAAGAUUUAAUGCAAGCUCUGAUUCUUUAGCAAGUGGUAAUAAUAAUUAUCAUCAUUAUGAUAAUAUGAUUCAUAAACAUAAUCAAAUUCAAAAUCAUCAAAAUUUUAAUAAUAUUAAUAAUAAUAAUAAUAAUCAUAAUCAUCAACAAUAUCAACAUUUAAAUGGUUAUACCAAUAAUAAUUCAAAUCAAAAUCAAAAUAAUGAUGAUACUUCAAGUAUACAAAGUGUUGAAGUACUUUCUUUAACUCCAAGUUUUAUGGAUAUACCCACUGAUUUUAAAAAUGAUAAAGGGUAUUUCUCAAAUGAUCAUGGUCAUCAACAACAGCAACAACAUCAAAAUGAAAGUUUUAAAAAUCAUAGAUUUACACCAAGUAUUGAUUCAAUUCAAAGUGGUCAAUCAUCAAAUAAUAAAAAUAAUGGAAUUCAUUUAAAUUUUGAUCAAUCUUCUACAAUACCAACAAUUCAUUCAAAUUUAAUAAAUAAUGAAGAUCAAAAUUCAAAUGAUUUAGAAUUAAAUGAUGAAUUAAAUAUACCCAGAGAAUUAAAUAAUUUAAAUAAUGAUGAAUUGAAUUUUAAUGAUAAUGAAAAUUCAUUAUUUAAUAAUUUUAAUACAAAAUUAACAACAUCUGGGUUAUAA